UAGCGAAGCUUUGUAGAAAGAGAUUAGGAGAAAGAGAAAUGGGUUCCGUUGCAGCAGAGAAACACCACGCCGUGUGCGUUCCAUACCCGGCGCAAGGCCACAUGAACCCCGUAUUAAAGUUAGCCAAAGUCCUCCAUGCCCGAGGCUUCUACAUCACCUUCGUUCUCACCGAGUUCAACUACCGUCGGCUGGUUCGUUCGCAGGGCGCAGAGGCUGUUCGGGGACUCGCUGAUUUCCGUUUCGCUUCCAUUCCCGACGGCCUCCCCUACUCCGACGAGGAUGCUACGCAGAACGUCCCUGACCUCUGCGAAUCUACAAUGAAGAACUGUCUCGGUCCCUUCUUAGGUCUUCUGGCUAAGCUCAAUGAAGAGAAUUCCUCCGGUGCUCCGCCAGUCUCUUGCAUAGUCUCGGAUGGCGUCAUGAGCUUCACCCUUGACGCAGCCCGGGAUCUCGGCAUCCCUGAGAUCCUUUUCUGGACUACUAGUGCCUGCGGCUUCCUCGCCUACCUCCACUACCAACAGCUUGUGGAUCGCGGCCUCGUUCCUUUCAAAGAUGAGGCAGAGCUCAACAAUGGGAGAUUCCUUGACACUGAAGUAGAUUGGAUCCCGGGACUGAGAAAAGGCACGCGUCUCAAGGACUUACCCACCUUCAUUCGUGUGACGGAUCCCAAUGAAAAGAUGUUCAACUUCAUCUUGCACGAGGUAGGCAGAGUUUCCAUGGCCUCAGCUCUCGUGCUUAACACCAUUGACGCCCUUGAAGUCCCCGCCCUCGCCGCACUGCAGAAGAUCCUCCCGUCCGUCAACUCCAUCGGCCCACUAUCGGCCCUCGUCCGACGCACAAUACCAAGCGACAGUCCCCUCGCGGCCAUCAGCACAAGCCUGUGGAAGGAGGACUCUACAUGCCUAAACUGGCUCGCCGGCAAGGAAGCUCAGUCAGUUGUGUACGUCAACUUCGGAAGCAUAACUAUAAUGAGCAACGAACAGCUCGUCGAGUUCGCAUGGGGUCUCGCCAAUAGCGGCUACGCCUUUCUAUGGGUGAUCAGGCCCGACCUCGUGAAGGGAGAAUCGGCCGUGCUGCCACCGGAGUUCUUGGAAGAGAUUAAAGAGAGAGGGAUGAUGACGAGCUGGUGCGCGCAGGAGGAGCUACUUUUCGACCCGGCGGUGGGCGUCUUCUUAACACACUCAGGCUGGAAUUCGACAUUGGAGAGCUUAACUGCUGGCGUGCCGAUGAUAUGCUGGCCGUUCUUCGCCGAGCAGCAGACCAAUUGCUUGUAUUCAUGCACUGAUUGGGGUGUGGGGAUGGAGAUUGACAAUAAUGUGAAGAGGGAGGAGGUGGAGGGAAUGAUAAGGGAGAUGAUGGCGGGGGAGAAGGGGAGGGCAAUGAGAGCGAAAGCGGCGGAGUGGAAGGAGAGUGCAGCUAAGGCAAUUAGUCCCCUAGGGAGCUCUUCGGUAAACUUGGAGAAGGUGAUCGAAGAGGUGCUUCGUUCGAAUAGUUCUUAG